AUGAGCAUCACUGUUCUGGCGACUUCCACGAGAGAGAGGCACGCUCGCGAACCUCUGCGAGCGAUUGAUAUGGCGGCGUCGCAGGCGCGUCCUGCGCCGUCCUCUGGUGCGGGGAGGGGUAGGGGUCGGAGGCCCAAGGCACCCCCCGUUCCGGUCCAAGAAGAGGAGGAGGAAGCAGCAACAGCAGCAGCAGAAGAGCAGAAUGGGGAAAACUUGCCGAAUGAAAUGAAGAAGAGAAAGGCCGUCUUUGAUGAGGAUAUUGAAGGCUUUCAGUUCUCGCGCAAACCCUCGAAAAAACCCAAAUCAACAACAAUUGACGCCAUGUCCGAGAUCUCCGAGUCGGUGGAGCACUCCUCACCGCCGAAACGAGGCAGACCGAAGAAGAACACAGCGAAGGGACAGGAAAAUGCUACGGGGUCACAUAUCACAGCGGCAGUUCCGACAGAACCUGCAACAACAACAACAAUAACAACAACGGCGGCGGCAACGAAAAGGACACGACGUACAUCGCAGAUCGUCGCCGAGGCGGCACCAGAAACAUCAAUCGCGAGCACGCCGAGGAGCCUUCGUGCUGGUCGCGGCCCUCCUCCCCCGCCGGUAGAGUCACUGCCGCCGGAGAAGAAACGCAAGCGCGGGAGACCCAGCAAGUCCAAUGUCGAGGAAACGAAUGGCUAUAUAUCGCCGGAGCCAGAACCGUCCGGCACGUCCAAGAUUGCGCUACCGUUGGCCGACACACCGGUGAUCCAGCGGAAUAAAGAGAUGCGAGGGACAAAAUCGGGGAAGCAACGGCGAAGCAGCCUCGGGAUGCGAGGCCGGCGAGCCAGCUCGUUGAUCGAUUCUGGCGCUUCGAAUGGUGGGAAUCCCUUUCCACAAGAACAACAAACUCAUCCCAUCCUCCUCCCCAUUGCUGAUAUUUCUGUUCUCGUAGCACUCCCACACAAAGCGGUCGGCACCGCAGAGUUUUACAAACAUAUUGCGGCCGACCUACCGGAACCUCGGAGAAUGCGCCAACUCUUGAUCUGGUGCGCAACCCGGGCAAUGGGUGAUAAACCCUCUGGAUCACGAUCGGAAGAUGAAAGUGCCAGACUGGCAGCUCGUGUGAUCCAGGAAGAAUUGCUCAAGGACUUUGCAAAUAACUCGGAGCUCUCGAAUUGGUUUGCUCGGGAGGAUGUGGCUCCCCCGGCUGUGGUGGUGAAGAAACCAAAUCCCAAAAACAUACAGAACACGGAUAAGAUCAAGGAGCUAGAAGAGCAAAUACAAAGAUUACAAAGAGAGAGACACGCGCUGAACGCUCUCCUUCGACUGCCUCCAAUCCCGUCAAUACAGCCUCCUCCUCCCCCUUCGACCGAAGCGCCGACAAAUGGCCAGCAAAAAUCUCCGACGGCCGAGCCCUCGGAGGUCUCGAAUCAAGAAGAAGUCAACCCGUCAUUGCUUGAUCCCUCUCAACAAGCCAUUCUGGCACUGUUUCAAGGGAAACAAGAACAAGAGCCGACAACCUCGCCGGACCUCUCGCUACCACCUUUCCCGCCCUCUGCAAUAUCCUCUCGUCUCUCCCGCCUAACAUCCAGCCUUGCCCCGACCUUUGAUUCCUUCGCCGCAGGCAUUCACGACAUCGAACUCUACCGCACGACGGCCGACUCGGUCUCAUCACGGAUUCUGCGCGUCUGUGCCGAGCGGCUCGAUGAACGUGAUGCCCGCAAUGCCCUGCGCAGCCUUGUCCUCGACGAUCACGACGGCGACAGCAGUACCGAUAUACAACCCCGUCCCGACACUGCCGCCGCGCGUGCCGUCCAACGACGACGGCCCAGACCACGAGAAGAUCUCGGGUUGAUUCUCGGGGCGUUGAGUCGAGUGGAGAGGCGGUAA